CUAUGACCCCUUGUUGCUGCGAUAUUAGAAGCUUCCUUUGGAGGAGAGGAGAGAUUGAAGAAAUGUUUCGAAAAUAUUUAUAUAAAAUGUAUUUGAUUGGGUGAACGUUCUUAAUAAUAAUAUUAAUAUGACAGAUGAUAAUACCUCUGGUGUUGUCUCACCAGACACAUCUUCCCAUGUAACAUCUUCAUCUUUGGGCGUAGCAAAGUUGGAGGAUUGGGAAGAGGAAGUGUUGAACAUUAUUAUAAGUUCCAAAGCCCUUGGAACAACAACUAUUGAUCUAGCUGGUAAAGGAAUUGCAUAUUUCCCAGAGGAACUCUUGGAACUUGACAAAAUUGAGAACCUUUAUCUUGAGGGAAACAAGCUAACAGAGCUUCCAAGCACCCUAUUUGAACGUCUACCAAAGCUCCGUUGGUUGGAUCUUAGAAACAACAACCUGAAAGAAUUACCUCCAUCUGUUGGGGAACAUAGGCAGCUGAAAACUCUACUGAUUGAAGGGAAUCAAAUAAGUAUGCUGCCUGUAGAAUUAGGUUUUAUACAGACAUUAACUGGAUUAAACUUACGGAAAAAUCCUUUGGAAUUUCCACCGCAAGAAGUAAUAGAUAAGGGAGUAUAUGAGAUCCUUCGUUUUUUAUGCGAGAUCUCAAUCUGCCAGCAACGAAACCAGAAAGGUUCUCUUGGAGAAUUGAACUUCGAAAAUUUGAGGAUCCAAAAUGCUGGAGAGUCUUCUAGCGAUAGUGAGAACCUUGUUGGUUACAGCAAUCAAGAAAGAUGGAGCCACAAAACACGGAAAAGCUUGAGCAGACAAUCAUUCCAGUCGAGUAUGAGCAAUCUAUCUGAUGUAGAAGGGCCUAGCUCGGCCACAAUGUCUCUUCACAAGCCCAUGUCGUAUAAUGAAUAUCGCCAAAAACAGUACCAAAAAUUCAAACGGGCUGGAGCUCUGGGUAUCUCAGGCAGAGAUAAACGGAGAAGGAGAAGAAAAAAGAGAACGCCACCGAAGCCAACAGUUGAUUCAAUGCAGGCAAAGGUGAAUGAGGAGUUAAGAAACAAUCAAUUACGAACACUCAAACUGGAACAAUCAGCUGCUGAGCAAAGGCUGAAGGACACGCAGCUUCUUCAAGAAUGGCGUGAUGAGACACGUGAGUUGCAGCGCAAACAUUACAUCAGAGCAAUCAGGAAGGAUAAACAAGAUGGACUGACCUGGAAAUAUCAUUCAGAUUUUACCGAUCCAGCCUUGAAGACUCCGUACGACACGGACCCAAACUACAUGAAAAUUAUGAGCAAAGAAGAGAGAAUUAAAGUGGAAGUGAAGAAUAGACAUGAAGCCAUGAUGAAUAGGAUGAGACCCGAAACAAAGAAACGCAUGGAGGCAGCUAGGUUGGACCGUGAUCGACACCUCCUGGAAAAGAUCAAAGAACACACCAAAAAGAUCCAUGAAAGAAAACAGCUUCCAAAGGGAAAACCCCACGAGGUAAUGGAAGCAGCUAAGAAAGACUUAGAAAUGCUGCCUAAACCAUCAAUGUUCCGUCGAACAACCAUAUUUUGAAUAGUACAGCUAAGACGUUACACCUUGAGAUCAACAGUAGGCAGAAGGAGCUAGAGUACCGGUUCAAGGCGUUUACAGGUGAUGUCUCCCCAGCUCCAGCAUAUUCAAAGCGCUAUUAGCAUGUUAGGUGUCCUAACAACCACAUCAACUGAAAAUUCUCUUUGGUAGUGAUCAGUUGCCGACUGACUUGGCGAUUGUUAUUGUAUUCAGAAAUAUCUGAUAAGUAAGAACAGUAUGCUGAAAAAAACUAUAUCCACCUGGAUUGUAUAGUCAGGCAUGUAACCAGGAGGUGUGACCGAACCCCCUCUUUGUGAGUGAGCCCUCUCGUAAACCAAACAAACGCUUUUAACAAAAUGAUAAAAUUUCAUUAACAAAAAGAUAAUGAUAUAAUUCUGUAGAUCCAGGGCCUCACUUUUAACCUUUACCCCCACAAGAGCUUUUCCCUUUAACCCCUCCAUGACACUGUAAUACCCUCUGAACCUCUAGCUCUCAUAGGUAACCCCGGGCCCACCCCACCCUUUAAUAAUAAUAAUAAUAAUGUGAUAUUUAUAUAGCGCAUAUUGCAAUAAACUGUCUAUUCAUUUUACAUUAUUAACCCUGGCAGCCACUGUUCCAGUAUUUUUCAAACAGGGGGCUUAUUUAAAUACAUUUUGUUCAUGUUUGUACAUAUUGAAAUCAGAAAAUGAAGUGGCAAAUAUUAGGGGCACUACCCCUGUUCCCACAU